GAAUUUUGGACGCGGCCGCGGGUCUGUUGAUUUUAGCUGGUGAUGGUUUUAGCUCGCAUUAAAUGAGCAGUUUGUCUUAAAGCACGAUAUUUUUAGAGACGAUUAAUGCUGGAAUAAGAGCGGAGACAGGAAGUGAGAAACAGAAACUAAUUCUUAGGUAUUUUUAAACAAGGCUAGCUCCGUGAUAUCACUUUUGCCAAAAAUAAGCUAGCUAGUUUAGCUUGUAACACUAACCGAGCGGCUAGCUGUGUCAGAUUUCAGCGCUCGUGAUUCACAUCAAGAUUAAUGUUAACAUCUUGACGUCAGACUCUAAUAAUAAUAAUAAUUAUAAUAAUAAAUACCUAAAUAAAACAGCGCACUCAGUAGAACAGUGAAAGCUUUAAACAAGGUCUGGUCCGAUUCUGUCGGCUGAUAUCGUGACGUCAUCGGUUCCGGUACUCAGUGAUAUCACGGUUCGGCGAUGUCGAAGGUGGAGCGACUGAAUGCUCGGGUGAGCAAGCUGCUGAUGGCGGCGGUGCAGGAGGUGCUGGAGGCCGUGAGGGAGACGGUGUCGGAGUAUCAGGAGAAAACGGCGCGGACGCAGAGGGAGAACGAGAGGCUGCGGCGGCGGUUACAGGAGCUUCAGGAGCUCACGAGCAGCCGGCACGCCGGUGCAGAGGAAACCGUCGGCCGUAACGCGGCGAAACAAACCGACUCUGAGUGUUUACUCAGCGGACGAGAAGACGCCGAGUUCAAGCGGGAAACAGGAGAUGCCCAGAGAAACCCGGGGGCUCCUCACAUCACGCAUUCAUCUCAACCUCGCCUCGAUGCUUCAGAGCCGAAAGUCCAGACGUCUACGUCGCAACCGAGCAUCCGAGCUAGGACUUCAGGAUCGGACUACGCCGCGCCGCCUGAACAGACAGAUCACCUCCCUCCUGAUUUCACCCCGAGCAUGAUCAAAACCGAGGCAGAACCCGAGGAGUAUCAAGACUACGCGUCGCAGGCUUUACUUUACCACCCGGACCCGAUGACGACGCAGAGCACGCCGUCGUCCUGCGCCGUCGUCCCGUUCGCGCUCAACGGCUCCCUGCAGAGACUCAUGACCGAAGACAUGGAGCAGAUCGGAGCUGUUUUAGACGGCGCAGACGCCAGACGAGAUGAGUUCUUGAACGAUCUGUUGUACCGGAAGACGGGGUGUGGCUUCCACGUGCGGCGGGCGGAGAAGCGAUUCUGCUGCACGCUCUGCGGCCGCACAUUCAGCCACGCCGGUGACUUUAAGAAGCACAAGCGCGUGCACACGGGCGAGAAGCCGUACCUGUGCACGCUGUGCGGGAAACGCUUCAGCCAGUCAGGGUACCUGAAGAUCCAUCAGCGCUACCACACGGGAGAGAAACCGUACGCCUGCAGCAUGUGCGGGAAACGCUUCAGCCACUCCAGCAACUACAAAAAACACCAGCAGACUCACGUCGCUUAAAGUCCGCGAGUGUGGACUUGGACUCGUACAUCAUGCGAGAGUGGAAUGCUGUAUGGUGUGAAGAUUUCCUCACAGAUCACGUGAUUGUAACCACAACGUGAAAAAUACUGAAAUUUUAGGAGAUUUUAUAACAAAAUCUAUUAAAAAUAAAAUUUAAAAAAAUUA